AUGCACAUUUGUUUGUUUAUUUUCUUCCUCCGGGUCUUCAAAACUUUUCUUUUGUUCUAAAUUGCCAUGGCACAAUCUCUCCAAAACUGAAACCAACGCUACAGAGAGAUUGGGAAGAAAGUUUGGUGAUAGGAAUUAUCAGAUCGAGAUCAGAGAUUGCUGAUUAAAAUGAAUUACGUCGACAGUUUGCCGGAUAUGGAUCUGAUGCGCUCGGAGAAGAUGACUUUUGUGCAGUUAAUUAUUCCUGUCGAAUCCGCUCACCGUGCCGUUACUUAUCUCGGUGAACUCGGCCUUCUUCAGUUUCGUGAUUUAAACGCUGAUAAAAGUCCUUUCCAGCGGACAUUCGUAAACCAGGUAAAACGAUGCGCAGAGAUGUCAAGGAAAUUACGGUUUUUUAAGGAUCAAAUACACAAAGCAAGUUUAGGGUCUCCUAUUCAGGCGGGUAUGCAACCAGACAUAGAGCUGGAGGAAUUAGAGAUACAACUUGCUGAGCAUGAACAUGAGCUAAACGAGAUGAACAGUAAUAGUGAAAAACUGCAGCAUACAUUCAAUGAGCUGGUGGAAUUUAAAAUGGUGUUGGAGAAGGCAGGUGACUUUCUUCUAUCAAGUAAAGGCCAUCCAGUAGAUGAGGAUAGAGAGUUGGAAGAACAUGCCUACUCAAACAAUGAUUACUCAGAUUCAGCAUCUUUACUUGAACUGGAAACACAACCUGGUCCGUCGUCAAGUCAAUCUGGUUUAAGAUUUAUUAGUGGCAUAAUUUCUAAAUCCAAAGUUCUAAGAUUCGAAAGGAUACUGUUUCGAGCAACAAGGGGGAAUAUGCUUUUCAACCAGUCAACUGCGGACGAUCCAAUCAUGGAUCCUCUAUCCACUGAAAUGGUCGAGAAAACAGUAUUCGUAGUGUUCUUCUCAGGAGAGCAGGCAAAAACAAAGAUACUAAAAAUAUGUGAAGCAUUUGGAGCAAAUUGUUAUCCUGUUCCAGAAGAUAUAACAAAGCAGAGGCAAAUAACUCGAGAAGUUUUGUCACGCCUAUCUGAAUUGGAAACCACUUUAGAUGCUGGAAUACGUCACCGGAAUAAAGCUUUGACUUCCAUUAGUUUCCACCUGACCAAAUGGCUAAAAAUGGUUAAAAGAGAAAAAGCAGUUUUUGAUACUUUGAAUAUGCUGAACUUUGAUGUUACAAAGAAGUGUCUUGUUGGGGAGGGGUGGUGCCCAAUAUUUGCAAAAGCGCAGAUUCAGGAGGCAUUGCGACGUGCUACAUUUGAUAGCAGUUCCCAAGUAGGUAUAAUAUUUCAUGCUAUGGAUGCUCUGGAGGCACCUCCAACAUACUUCAGGACCAACAGCUUUACAAAUGCCUAUCAAGAAAUCGUUGAUGCAUAUGGGGUUGCUAGAUACCAGGAGGCAAAUCCUGCGGUUUACACUGUUAUUACAUUUCCGUUCCUCUUUGCUGUCAUGUUUGGGGACUGGGGUCACGGGAUUUGCUUAUUACUGGGAGCACUUUUUCUCAUAGCUCGAGAGAACAAGUUUAGUUCUCAGAAACUUGGAAGUUUUAUGGAGAUGCUAUUUGGUGGCCGCUAUGUCCUGCUUCUGAUGUCAUUAUUCUCCAUAUAUUGCGGAUUGAUUUACAACGAAUUUUUCUCUGUUCCUUAUCACAUAUUUGGUGGUUCUGCUUACAGAUGUCGUGAUGACUCAUGCAGUAAUGCAUAUACAGUGGGCUUGAUCAAAUUUCGAGAUCCCUACCCUUUCGGUGUUGAUCCUAGCUGGCGUGGAAGUCGCAGUGAGCUUCCCUUUCUGAACUCCCUUAAAAUGAAGAUGUCCAUUUUGUUAGGUGUUGCUCAGAUGAACCUAGGGAUCAUGCUCAGUUACUUCGAUGCACGUUUCUUUGGUAAUUCGCUGGAUAUAAAGUAUCAGUUCGUGCCACAGAUUAUCUUUCUGAAUAGCCUUUUUGGUUAUCUCUCACUUCUCAUUUUGAUCAAGUGGUGUACUGGUUCUCAAGCUGACCUAUAUCAUGUGAUGAUUUACAUGUUCUUGAGUCCCUUUGACGAUCUUGGUGAUAAUCAGUUGUUUUGGGGGCAGGGUGUGGUUCAGGUCAUGUUGUUGCUUGCGGCUCUUGUUGCUGUUCCAUGGAUGCUUUUCCCAAAACCUUUCAUUCUAAAGAAACUUCACUCAGAGAGAUUUCAAGGACGGACCUACGGUGUUCUUCGAACCUCUGAAGUGGAUCUUGAUUCAGAACCUGAUUCUGCACGCCAACACAUUGAAGAAUUUAACUUUAGUGAGAUCUUUGUACACCAGAUGAUACACUCUAUAGAAUUUGUACUUGGUGCAGUUUCUAAUACCGCAUCAUACCUUCGUCUCUGGGCUUUGAGCUUGGCACACUCAGAGUUAUCUACAGUUUUCUAUGAGAAAGUACUCCUCCUUGCCUGGGGAUAUGACAACAUCUUAAUUCGCUUGGUGGGGUUAGCAGUGUUUGCAUUCGCGACAGCAUUUAUACUGCUCAUGAUGGAAACGCUUAGUGCUUUUCUUCAUGCAUUGCGUCUCCAUUGGGUGGAAUUUCAGAAUAAGUUUUAUCAUGGUGAUGGUUAUAAGUUCAGACCUUUCUCCUUUGCCACGCUAACCGAUGAUGAUGAGUAAAUACUUAGGAUGUAUCUAUUUCUGAGCUUCCUUUAAAGGAAAUAUAGGCCAGAAAAGUUCUGUGUUACCAUGAGCCUAGAGUGAGAGCAGUUUCUGCAUCUGCAGGACUAGAAAUGGGGAAGGUUCCAAUAUAUGCUCAACCCUUUUAUAGACGACACUUUUUUUGGGAUUCGAAAUCGUGACUCAGCACGCCACUAACUUUGGUGUGUUUUACAGUAAGGACGGCAUGAUCCUUUCUCAUUUUAAACGGCUGCUCAAUCUGAUCUAUAGAUGUAAAGUUAUGAAUAGCCCAUUUUGGUGAAGAUGGGUCAUAGGUUUUAUUUUGGUCGGAAAAAAACUGGUCCCUGAGACUUUUGUAGUGUCAUUUUACAUAACUGUUUUAUUUUGCAAAUAGAAAUUGAAAUUUAGAUGUAAAGAAUGUACAACAAAUGUUGUUCUGCGGAAUAGCUUACAAUACACGCAGCUGCUACACCAAAGUAUUAUUUUC